CGCACUGCUCCUGGUACACCUACCUUCUGCCUGCCUUCUGCAUGAAACACCUGUGGACUCUGUCAGCUGCACACAGGGUCUUGAUUGCCAGCUGCUGACAGGAGAUGGUCUGUGUACGCCUGGGGAAGCUGUGCCUAUGCCAGAGCUAAAUCCGGUCCUGCUGCUGACCAAGAUGGAAACGAGGACCAAACUUCAGUGCCAUCAGGAGCAAGACUGCAUUCCCUGCGUGCAGGUGAUACUACACCUUGGCUUGCUGGGUGAGAAAAAAGAUGGAAGACUUGACCAGGAUGGUGCACGGCCCAGUGGACAUCAUAAUGAAUUCCUUCAAACUCACAUUUGGCUUUCAGCCCGUACAUACCCUUUCUUCCGCUGCGCGCUUGUGGAGGUUCGGUUUCCUCGCGCCCACAACCAUAGUCUGAGCUCUCUCCAGUUUGACUGCUUCCCAGUUGCUCUGAGCGGGGAGCUGCACAUCACAGCCUUCACCAGCCCCGUUUAUGAAUCUGUGCCUAUGCUAAAACAAACACACUAUGGACCAAAUUGCAGCUGGCGUGAUGCAAAAGAUUCUGUCCGGCUCUGCCAAGUGCCCAGCCUGGAAGUCUUUACUGCGGCCAACGGGGCUGUGCUGCGAGUGUCAGAUUUCCCCCCACGACAGAACUUCUCACUGUGGCUGUACCUGAACCGGACACAUCGGAGUAAAGGGCUGGAUUCCCCUAGGGUGCUGACUGGACCUGAGAAUGUGAGCGUGCCUCUUUCAAAGGUGUUCCAUUGUCUCUGCCUGCAGAUUUGGCCCACGCUUGAAGACCCACCCCGAACCGACCUGUGCCCCUUUGCAAGAGAUACGGAAGCUCUUGCUAGGACCUGGGCACAGAGCCACCUAAAUCUAACAGCCUUCAGUGGAAUGCUGAGUCUUUCUCUUUCUUCACCAUGUGACCUCCCGGGGGAGCUGGUACCCUGCUGGAGGGGAGACCAGGAUGCUUGCUACCCUCUCUACUCCAGGCUGCGUUUGGCCCUCACUCCAAAUGUGCUGCAGGAGUUUCCUGGACUGAGACCCCAUCCCAAUCUUUGUGUGCAGGUGAGGAGUAAUGGAAGCACCCACCUCCAGAGGUGUCUGCAGGAGGAUUUUCCAGGACACCAGCAGCUACUCCUACUUCAGGAGACCGUAGACCCCCACCACGGCAACUCCUCUUUCCGUGUCUUGGAGCAUGGCUCCUGGAUUCCCAUGACCCAGGCCACCAGCACAAGAACAAGAAACCUGAGGCAGGCCUUGCAGAGCGACAUGAAGGCAGGCGAGUGCAUGCUGGUGUGGGAUUCAGAGGAUGGUGAAAUGGAUGUGCUUUGGGCUUGUUCCCUGGAGAAAUAUUACCGAACACGCUGGGGACUGGCUUGGAUGGUGGCUGUCCUCGGAGUCUGGUGUCUCUUGCUGGUGCUGGUGCUCAAGAAGGAAACACUGAAAGGUUGGCUCAGGAUCCUGAAAGGAGGUUACAGUUCCGGAGGGACCCUUCAGGGACGCCCUGUGCUAAUUCUUUACUCCCCGGAUCAUCCAAGCUUCGAACGAUUGGUGAACAUCCUGGCUGCGGCAUUGGCCCAGCUCCAGGCCUCGGUAUCCGUGGAGCUAUGGAGCCGGGGGGAGCUGGGGGCCCUGGGGCCCAUGCAGUGGUUCCACGCGCAGAGGCACCAAGUGUUGCAAGGAAGCGGAGCCAUCGUGUUGCUUUUCUCCCACGGCGCUUUGGCUGGUUGCGCGGAAUGGCUGGACUGGAAACGGAAAGGCCUGCUACCCCCUGCCCAGUCCGACAGCACUUUCUUGGCCUCCCUGAAUUGCAUUAUGCCUGACAUUCUGGCUGGGAAGGCCAGGGACAAUUACAUGGCUGCCUGCUUUGAGGAGCUCUUCCCUGCUGCUGAGAUUCCCGGGCCCUUCCAUUCAGUGCCUGUUUACCAGCUGCCCUUGCAGCUCUUCAGCUUCCUGUUGGCCCUGGCUGGCCCUGAUGUGGGCCGGGAGCAGAGGAAUGGCCUCAGGAGGCACGUGGCGUGGAUCGCCAAGAGCCUGCAGCGUGGGGUGGAAGAGUGCUGGCAAAAGGAGCCAAGCUAGCAGCACCCGCCCCUGGCUGCCUCCCCAGCCGGCUGA